AGCUGGCUGUAUGCUGAGCAUCCCUGCACCGGCAUGCUAAGUCUCCCAAGGCUCAUACUGCUGAAGAGUACGCCCCUCUCUCUCUCUCUCUCUCUCUCUCUCUCUCUCUCUCUCUCUCUCACUCACUCACUCACUCACUCACUCACUCACACACACACUCAGGCUCUCCCACUCAACCUCUCCCUCACACAUACAUACACACACACACACACACAUGCUCACAGUCACACACGCGCAGUACUGUCAGGAGCGCCGCUGCUGGACCACAGCCAUCUCGCAAAGGAGGUUCUAGCAGAGGGAAGAGAAAGCAAGAGCAAGACAAAGGGAAGGAGGACGGCAGAAGGAGAGGAGCGAAUAGGAGCGCGGGGACCGGCACAAGGAAGGAGAGAACCAGCGCUUUGUGAAGACCAGAAAGCGAGGGACAGGAGGAGGGAGGAGGAGAGAGGAAAAAAGAGGAGGGGGAACAGGAAACGCGAUCACUUUCAGUUGCAGCGGUCCGUGUUGCAGCAUGGGCAAUGCACCAUCCCAAGGAGGUGGGACCCAGAAGCAGACGACAAACAAAAAAACCAACGCCGGGGCCUGUUUUCCUAAGCAAGAUCCCGAGCGUGGUGGCAGUCACAUGAUCUCGACAGAUGACUUGGAGUAUCCGCGAGAAUACCGGACGCUGGGGAACAGCGCUCGGCGUUUCUCCAAUGUGGGCCUGGUGCACACAUCGGAGCACCGCCACACCGUCAGCGCCGCCCAGAGCCUGGAGGCCCUGACCAACCUGCACAAGGUUGACAUGGAACGCAAGAGGGACGCCUUCAUGGAUCACCUGAAGAGCAAGUACCAGCAGCAGCAGCAGCAGCAGCAGCAGCUGCAGCAUCCGCAUCAUAGCCCACACCACAACCCACCAUCUCCCUCACCAUCUCACGCCAGCAUGAGGGGUACGUCAGAGCGGUCUGCACGAGAACAGCAACAGCCCAACUACUGGAGCUUUAAGAGCCGCAGUCCACGGCAUUCCCAGUCUACCCAGUCUGGGCUUGCCGACCAGGCCGCCAAGCUCUCCUUUGCCUCUGCUGAAUCCUUGGAGACCAUGUCAGAAGCCGACAUCCCCAUCGGGUUUAAUCGGAUGAACCGAUUUCGCCAGAGCCUGCCGCUGUCCCGCUCUGCCAGCCAGAAUAAGCUACGAUCUCCAGAUGAAUAUUCAGGCGUGCUGUUCCUGCAGUACGGAGAUGAGACACGUCGGGUUCACAUCACCCACGACCUGAGCAGCCUGGAUACGCUGCAUGCUCUCAUCGUGCACAUGUUCCCUCAGAAGUUGACAGCAGGUAUGCUGAAGUCAGCCAACACGGCCAUCUUGAUCAAGGAUGAGGCGCGCAACGUCUUCUACGAGCUGGAGGAUGUCCGCGACAUCCAAGACCGCAGCAUCAUCAAGAUUUACCGCAAAGAACCCAUCUACGCUUCCUACCCUGCUGCUGCACACCUGGCUAACGGAGACCUGAGGAGGGACAUGGUGUACUCGUCUCGCGACUCCUCCCCAACUCGCCGCAUCAAUACCCUCCCCUCCUCUACGGCCUCGGCGUCCUCUGGUUCUCCAUCCCGCUCACGCCUCUCCUACAGCGGCGGCCGUCCUCCAUCCUUCACUGGGUCCCACUCCCAGCAUGAACAACCCAGACAUCCCCACCAUCCCUCAGCCGGCCAUGGUGCCAACGUAGGCCUGUCUCCCUCACCCAGCGCCAUCCUGGAGCGCCGCGAUGUCAAGCCUGAUGAAGAAGUUUCUGCAAAGAAUAUGGCGCUGAUGAAGAACGAGGGGCUGUAUGCAGAUCCCUACAGCCUUAUGCACGAGGGCCGCCUCAGCAUCGCCUCCACUCAGUCGUUAGCUGCCAUCGGAGACCCCUUCAGCUUCCCUGUUUCCAGUGGCCUGUACCGCCGUGGCUCUGUGCGCUCCCUCAGCACCUACUCAGCCGCUGCUCUUCAAGGGGACCUGGAGGACUCCCUCUACAAGCCUGGAGGUUCGCUCUACGCUGACACAUACUCCUCAGCCACACUGGGCAUGGGUUUUCGCAUGCCGCCCUCAUCCCCGCAGAAAGUCCCUGACAUGCAGCUGAGGGACAGGGACUCGUAUUCUAGCUCACCCAGCAGAGCCUCACCUGUCAGGCAGACCUUCCGCAAGGACUCUGCCUCCUCCUCUGUGUUUGUGGAGAGCCCGAAGUCGAGGCCCAGCUCCAGUUCAGAGCCUCUGUGCCUGACAGCUGGGCCUGGGGAGGGUGGCAGGGCCACGCCUGGCUUUGGUUCUUCAAUGUCUGGACAGGACCCUGACAGCAGCAGGGAUCAUCGCCUGGAGCGUAUGGAGGCAAUGGAGAAGCAGAUAGCCAGCCUUACUGGCCUGGUCCAGAGUGUGCUGACCAGAGCACCAGACAGUGAUAGCACAUGCGGCCUGCUGCGUCUCUGCAUGAUGGCGGGCUGCCCUCCGGACCAAGGGACGGAGUUCUCACGGCCAUUACCUUUCUCUUCCAGCGAGAAGACCGAAACCAACAGUGACGGCUCCGCCACUGGAAGACGGCUGAAACAGAAAGCUCAUACACCGUCGGCACCUCUAGCUCUGAUGCCACCACCACCUUCUAACACAACCCCAGUGAACAGCGCCGGCCGCUUGCAGAUGCAGCUCCACCUGCACGGCCUGCAGCAAAACGCCACCGACCUGCGCAAACAGCUUGGCCAGCUACGCAAAAUACAGAUGGAGAACCAGGAUUCGGUGCGAACUCUGUUGAAGCGGACAGAAGCGGAGCUAAACGUGCGUGUGGCCGAUGCCUUGAGGAAACAGGAGGAUCCUCUACAGAGACAGCGCCUCCUGGUGGAGGAGGAGAGACUCAAGUACCUCAAUGAGGAGGAGCUCAUCAUCCAGCAGCUCCAUGACCUGGAGAAGUCAGUGGAGGAGAUCCAGAAGGAGUCGUCUGUCAACCACAAGCUGGUGACAGUGCAGGAGCUGGAGGAGAAGGCCACUGUUCUGAGAAAGCUGGGAGAAACACUCACAGAACUGAAAAAUCAGUUCCCAGGCCUGCAGAGUAAGAUGCGGGUGGUGCUCAGGGUGGAGGUGGAGGCCGUCAAAUUCCUGAAAGAAGAGCCACACAGGCUUGAUGCCCUUUUAAAACGCUGCAAGACUAUAACUGACACCCUCGCCACCAUGCGCAAACAAGCGAAUGAUGGAGUGUGGAAGAAGCAGGAGGACUUCUCUAUUCCUUCAUCAAAGCACAAUGACGACUUGCGAAAGUUUUCAGACUUUGACCUCACCACCAGCCCGCCACUCACCAUCAAUGACAUUGGGGGAGGCAACAGCCUGUCCAACUGGAGCCCCCACUCCAGCCUCAGCCGUGGCCACGGAAACCUGUCUGGCCCUCACAAGGACAAUCAUCCUCCUGUUCCCCACAAAGGCAAAGCCCUGGAGGAGCUGGAACGCCGUGCUUUAGCUGACAAAGCUUUAUCCGUGGAGGUCCGACUGGCAGCAGAGCGGGACUGGGAGGAGAAGCGGGCCAGUCUGACCCAGUACAGCGCCCAGGACAUCAACCGGUUGCUGGAAGAGACCCAGGCUGAGUUAUUAAAAGCUAUUCCAGACCUGGACUUUGCUGCCAAGCAAAUCAAGCCCUCCUCUAACACGCCAUCCUCCCAGAUCCCCCAAAGUGGGGUAGGAACCCCAGAGCACCGCGUCAGCAAGCCCCAGCACAAGCUCUCAGGGAAAGAUGGAGGAUCCAGGCGUGGCUCUGAUGAGUUGACAGUGCCGCGGUAUCGCACAGAGAAACCCUCCAAGUCUCCUCCUCCUCCACCACCUAGACGCAGUUUCCCGUCUUCUCCAGGCAUAACCAGCCGCAGCGGAGAGCCCCUCAUUCCUGGGAAAAGUAUAAAGAAGUCUGAAUCUGAAGAGACUGAAGGUCAGAAGCCCCAUGUAAAACUGAGGAGGACCCUGUCUGAAAACCCCCGUCCUGCGUCUACACCCCCCACACUUGCCUCUGGGGACAAGGAGGAAGGAGAGGAGGAGAGAAUUGCUGCCGAAUUGGAGCUGUCCAGCUGUGCCUUACUGGACUCCUCUAGACUUGAGGGAGAGCUGCAUGGGGCAGACCAAACAGGCAGCACAUCAGUUGCAACAGGAAGGCGCUUGUCUCCUGUUCCCCACAUCGUGUUGACAGAGUGUUUGCCAGCUUCACCGACUGCCUCAGAGGAUCCUGUCAGAGAUUCAGCAAAUGACCCUGUAGAAGAGAGUCCAUCCCGAGAUUGGACUGGUCACCACACCGUCUACCAGACUAAAUUUUCAAAAGAAAGGGAUUCAUUUGGAAGCCCUCCUCAGCAAGAGCAGCAUUGUUUUAAGGAUGAUAUAGAGUUAAAACAGGAAGUUGCUCUGCUGUUGACAGAGCUGGAGGUGAGGGUGGUGUCUCCCGUUGAGGCUCGGGAGCUCUGCAGGACUAUCGGAGAAGCUCUGCAGAUCCUGAUUAUCUCACCACAGACUAGUGAAGUCCCUGAGGUCCAGCUGACUGGCCGGCCUCUCCUAGUGCUACUCCGAGAGGAAAAAACUGUCAGGGAUGCCUACAGGCUGCUGUAUUCCCUUUUGGAGUCAUCCAAGCCAGUGCCCAAACCCAGAAUAAAAUCCUCCCUCUACUCGGGCCAGCAGAGCUUUCUGGUGGAGGCUCUGAGGAGAGGGAUAGAGUCAGGGGAUCGAGUGCUAACACUUAAGCACAACACUGAAAUUAAGAUUCCUGAAGUACAGCAGAAAUCAAUAAACAUUACUCCUAAAUCCAGUGGGUCAUGUAGCUCUAUGGACAGUCUAUCCAGCCAGAGCCAAAGAAAAACAAAAGCUAUCCGAUGCAGCACCUACAGGAGGCUGGACAGCUUGGAGGAGACUAUUCGUGAGCUGGAAAACACCUUGAUAGAGAUCUGUGGCCAUCCAACUGCGGAGCAGCUCUACACUGAGACAAUCACCAAAAGCACUCCUGUACAGAUGAGAGGCAGUCCGACCUCAGAGACCAAGAAGCCACCGGUUCCACCCAAGCCAUCCUCUUUCAGCCCAGCAUUGAUCCAGGGAGGGAAUAGUUCAAGUGUUGGUAAGGUCCUCCACUCCUCAGCUGCCUCCAAGUUAAAGCACCUGCAGCAGAACAGCACAGACAAGACUAAAAGUGGCAGAAGAGAGGACUUCCCGAAGAUCCAGGGCCAGCACCAGACGUGCCCACCGUGGGUGACCUCUCUGCUCGGCCCACAGAUGAAGGCCUUGGGGACCAACAGCACCAGUGGCAGUAUUGAGCCAUACCUCUCUGGUAUCAAAACAGGAAUUUUCUCUGGCAGAGUGCCCUCUCCUGCAGCAGCAUUUGCCCCUGGCCUGAGAAAGUAUCCCCAAGAGGGGUCAAUGCCCUCCCUGACAGCCUCCUCCAGCCAAGCGAAGGCCCUGCUGGCAAGCCUGUCUGCCUCCGGCCUGAGUGCUGAGGCCCUGCUCCUCUCCUCCACCCUCCGUCAUCGCCGCCUUCUACGUGAGCAGCGAGCCUCCUCCUUGCCCCUGCCCAGCAGCCAGUCCUCCCCUCCUACUCCCACUGCUACCUCCCCCUCCUCUUCCUCUUCACCCACCACCUCUACUCCUUCCCUGUCUCCCUCCUCUCCCACCCCUUUGCGUUCCCUUACCCUCUCUUCUGCGGUUCCCAAGCCCAGCGGUUGUAGCUCCAGCCUCAACAGCUGCAAGGAGGGGGCCAGCGAGCAUGUGAAUAAGGGCUUUGCCCCUGGCAACUCCCGGUAAUAAGGAUAUGGAGGAUGAGGUCAUGGGAGAAUUCCAUCACCGUCACAUCAUGAACCAUGAAGAGAAAACAACUACAAUAAGGACAAUUUCAGCAUUUUUUGUUCAUGGGCUUUUUGGCUUUUUCGUCCUCUUGGUUUUCCUCUCUACUUUUGGCCUCACUCCAGUAUGCAGUCUUCAUAUUUCCAUGGCAGAAACUACCAUACUGUAAAUUUUGUCACAAUCUUUUUUUGGGACAAGUUUCCUACUCUGAUCUGGUUCCAUAGUUGUUAGUGGAGACAUCAUUUUUAGAAUGUGACUUUUAUCAUAGAAAUAAGAGCUGCAAUAAUCACCAAGUGAGUCCAGUAGUUGUGUGUGUUAUUAUUGCUCUCACUUCCCUGCAUCACCUGGCAGAAUGUGCUCAGCAAAAAGAAAAUCAAAAGUAGAUCAAGGUGAUGAUUGUGGUUUCAAUUUCUGUUUUGUGUUAAAAGGCAUUUUUCUGGCUUUUCUUGCAUCCCCUGUGUUUUAAACUCUGAACUGGUGCUAUAUUUUCCCCUCCGUUUGUACACACUGUGUAAAAGGUUUACAUGAUUGUCCUCACUCCCCGUUCUUUGACCUGCGCUUUGUUGCAAGUGUACAUUCAACAUUCUGACUUUGAUUUUAUGUCACACUGUUGAAUAUUUAUAUACAUCAUUACAGAAUGAGAUCCUUGCAUCGGAAAUUAGGAAUAAUUAUAGGACAUUUUCAACUUAAAAAUGAGGACGUAUUCACAAAAGCACAUUGUAGGGAGCACAUUUCUAUUUAAAAUAGAACCAGGAGGUACAGUUACAGAAACCGAAGGAAGGGAUGCAAAUGGUGAAUUGUAUAGACAUUGAAUUCAUGUAUAUUUGUAUUUACUAGUUAAUUAUGACAAUCAGGAUGUUUCCGCAGUAGCAUCUUAUAGGUUGAUCUGGCAUUUAAGCACCUGACAUCACAAACCUUCCCAAAGACUCAAGCACACACAGUGAUGAAUAACACACAAUCGAAAAAUUAUUUCACUCUUUAAGGAAUCUGAUCUACAGAGCGACAGAUCAAAUGGUUUCAUUUGGGACACUUGUUUCUUUUAAACUUCAAAUUUAUUCUGAUGGGAAGCAGCUUCCAAAGUUGUCAGCACCUUCUUUGAAAAAGAACAAAAUGUAUCUUUCAAUGCAGUGAAUCGAUCACACUUCAACAUCUAUCAAACUGUUUCAACUCUUGAGCAGUGUUUGAAAGAUAAAGAAAGUUUAUCAGCACAUAUUUACAGACAGACAGAUGAGAAUAUAAAAAUAUAAAGCAAGCACAGUUUCCUCUUAAACACCCUUUCCUCUAAAUUUGAUCUUGUGAAUCUGCUUAAAUAUGACAAGCACAAAGCUACAAAUGUUCCUUGAAGGAAGAACAAAAACAUCCCUGCAUAUUUAAAAUACUGUACGUUAGAUUUCCGAUAUUGCUGUUGCCUCAUUUGGUUUUAUUUCCUGCAUGUUGAAACAGUUAUGAAUGUUAGGCCUUUGGUGUGCCUCAAUGACGGUAGUUGAAGUUAUAACUAUUUAUAGCACAUCAAAGGCCUGUCAGUGAUUCCCUACGUGUGAACCCCGCACAAGGAACCAUUUUUAAGGUCCCUGUCCUGUGUUAUUGCCUUAGGGCUGCCCACUGGGGAGGCGAUGAGGUUGAACGGACAGGCAUAGACAAAGUGAUUUUUUUUUCUUUCAGUGGUUCACUAAAAGGACUGUGUGAAAUGGAUUUUUUGUGGCAUUGAGAUUAAAACGUGCAAAAGGGGAUUGUGUCAAAGAGUAGGCAGCUUGAGGAGAGGGGAUUAGUUUGGGGACAUGUGUUUGAAGGCUUCUUUAAUAAGGCUGGCAUUGACUUGCCUUGUCUCCAUCGAGAGUGCUUGUGAUAUAAUAAGACCCAAAGAGAUGCGAGGAAGGGUCUGACAGUUGGAGAGCCAUUAAGCGGCUGUUCUUUCCCUGCCCCCUCUCGCUUUGUCUUCGGUGUGGGGCGUCUUUGAAAUAAAAACCACUCUGUUGAGGUUAUCCUAGGACAAAGUAUGAUAUGCCUCAAUACAGUAACAGCAAUUUUGCCAAGGCAGCGCUCUUUGCCUUUGUGAAACUGUGUUUUUCUGCAAGGAGCUGUUACCAUGUUUUUCCCAGUGCCUCUAAGACUUUGUUCUUAUUAGAAAUCCCCAGUUGAUCUUGUAUUACAGUAUUAGAUCAACACAGCAAUGACAGAAUAACACUUUUACCCAAAGAAGAGGCUGCGGGAAUUGCCUUGUUCCAAUUUGUUUUCGCAGAAAAAAAGAAAACAGCACUUGAAAUGUAGAGUUUGUCAGGUUGCAGCGGUGGCAUUUGACUAAACACUCCCGGAGCUCUAACAAUGUGCAAAACUGCAAGCUCACAGCACAGCGAAUUAAGCCUCACCCUGGGUGCUCUGUAGCUCUGCCAGACAGGUUCAAGCCAUGGGUUUCAUAUUGAGUGAAGUCAAAUGAAAGAAAUUCACUUACUCAUGCUGUUCCACACUCAAAUCCAUAACUCUCCGAGUUAAAUUUGCUGCAUUUGCGUCUGGUGAGCAUUGAGGAGGAAGUAUUCACGCUUGGCUGCUUUCCCCAAGUCAAGUCUCUAUCCAAGUAAAGACAGUGCUCUCUGGAAUGAUUCUUUCAAGACAAGUUUUAGUGGGCUGUGAUUUCAACAUGGCUGGAGGCUUAGAGGGCAUGUGGCAGACACUCACAGGAAAUGCCCCUGGCAAUCAGAAAAACAUGCAAACUUGAAAUCAAACCUAGAAGAAAUAUACAUAUAUAUAUAUCUAAGUGAGAUGUUUGUGUAUGAUAUAAUUGUGAAGAAAAGUGUGAUAUAUAUAUAGGCCUAGAUUAAAUUAUAUACUGUAAAAUGUCAUCUCUUCAGUUUUAUAUAUUAGUGAUCAUUUUGUACAGAGUUUUCUUUUUUAAUUCAUUGAGAAAGAUAUUACAUUUCACACUGAGAUUAUUUAUUCAUAUGCAGAACAUUUUUAUAUUUGUUUAAAUAUCUUUAUAGAUAACAGUUAGCCUCUGUAAUAUACGCUGAAGUUCAUUUUUAAAUUCUAGGGUUUAUUAUUAUUUAUUUACGAGCACUGAGUUAGAUUUUAUGUAAUUUUGAAGAGCUUGUCCCUGAAAAUGCUUGUCCAGCUCAUCUGCACCUUUGCCUCCUUAUGUGAAGGAUCACUAUUGAGGUGUAAGAGGCUGGAUCAGUGCCUGUGCUUAGGGGCUUAUUUUGCUACUAUGUUUGUUUUAGGGGGUUGUUUUCUGUACCUAUGGUCUGUUUUUUGUUUUGUUUCACCGCAUCCUGUAUUUGUGAUUCAGCUGGUAUUAGUGGGUUAGAGAUGGAAACACAGAUAUUGGGGUAGCUACUGUGAAAGGUCAGUUUAUGGGCCCAAAGGCUUCAUAUAGAGCCUUGCUGCUUUGACAAAAGUAAGUUACAUGGCUUUAAUUUUCCUCUGUCAUGUCGGCAUGUGAACAGGAGUGGAAGCAGUGUGACUGUGGAUGCUCAGUGCAAAAGCAUUUAGAGACAACAGGUUCUUAGUCAUUAAAACAGGUACAUUUUGUUGCUUAUUCAGUUCCAGUUGUUGCACUGAGUGGCUUUAAGUAGGAGUUAAGCUAAACCACAGAAGUUGUUAAAACCACCAAGACGGAUCAAUAAGGGAAUUAUGUGGUGUUGUGUGAAUUAAAAGUUUGAUCUCUUCCUUUGCCAUUGUAUCUUUUUUUUUUAUAACAAACCUACAUUCUAUAGUAUGUAUCGGUAUAUGAGAUUUUUACAUGAAUGUGUGGAUGUUCAAAAAUCUUGGCAUCAAAAGGAGAAAAACAAAAUUGACUUGUAAAUAGGCCGAGUCAUUCCUAGCGAGUUCAACAAAUUGUUAUGUCCAAAAGAUGUUUUAUUAAUAAACUUUGACGAUGGGUACCAAGGUAUAUACAAAAUAAUGCAUGUAUAGUCUCAAGCUAUCGCACGGUGCAGUUGAAAAAAAAAAGUCUACAUGUUUUCUCAAAAAAAAAUGAGAAAGAGAGGAAGAUAAAGGCGGUUCUGUGAUAAAGGUUUACAAACAUGAAGAAUGAGACAUUAUUUUGGUAUUUGUGACACAGGCAUGUUCAGUCUUACUGUGAUGUUAUGUGACGAUGAGGAUGACGAUAGUGGCCGAAGAGUGUUGGAUGUCUAGAAGGAUUCAGAAUGCUUCAAUGCACCCCAACCAGAAAAGGCACCAGUGAUGGUGUUCUCUUUCCACAAAGUGAUUCUCCCAUUUGUAGAGUAGUGUGAUAUAAGAACAAAAAUAAUACAGAAAAUAGAUCUAUAAUAUAAUAUAUAAAAUUUAAAAGCCUACUGAUACUGGAGAUACUAAUUUAUCAGUAUGGAUGCCAUGAUAUUCUGUGAGAAAUGUGUGUUUUUCCUGUGAGAAAACAGUAGGCAGUUGAACCUGCCUUCUUUUGUACAUAAUUUGCUGUGAUUGUGUGUCCAAUAAAGUGCAGCUCUCUUGUACAGUG